AUGGGCAAUACCAACACAAAGGAAUCCCGUUCCGAUUAUCCCGAGGAUGGCCGGGGGCGGCGAUUCGACUUGGGAGAUACCUCUCGUGGUGCCUUGGGUGAUCCACGUCUCCAGCUAAUGAGGUCGGAGCGAGGCUUUCUUAGCCUAGGAGCAAACUCUGGGUCCCGAAGUAGAGACCGCCCAGACGCCCCGUUCGAACAUCGCGAGACAAAGCAAGAACGAGAAGCACGGAAGCUUGAACGUGAGCGACUCCAAAGAGCCCAAGACCGCGAGCGGAGUAUACGAGAGGAACACGUUGAUGGAGGCUAUCUCGUCACCAUGGGAACCUAUGUCGGGACUGAGGAUUUCAACAAGGCUGUUGUCAGACAAUUGCAGAUUGAGCGAAAAAUGGCACCCUUUUGGCGUGGCCUCAAUGACUGGUCUGAUAACUGGGCUGAACACCAGCUUAUUGCGGCGGCCCGUGGCCUGCCCAUUCCGGCAGCCGAUGCUCCUCCUGACCCUGACUUGAUACCUCGAUUGCCGCCGCCACCUGACUCUCUUCCUACCCAUAACCUAAGCAGUCUGACGGUAGAGAUGGGACCUAGGACUCUCUCAACUGCCUCAGAUCGUAGUGGCUCAGGUAGUGGCUCUGCCUUGCCCUCCCCAUCGACGGCCGGCCCCUCAAGAGGCGUCAUAAAACCAAGGGCGAGAGCAUUAGCGGCAGCCUUGAGUGUGGGCUCUCGGAAUACGUCCUCGACUGACUUGACACCGAAGGAGAUCAAUCUACCCCAUGACCCGUUUGUCAACGGCCAGCCACUUGAGGUUCAUCUUUACAAGGAUGCCUCCGAAUGCCCCAUCUGUUUCUUGACAUACCCUCCUUACCUCAACCAUACAAGAUGCUGUGACCAGCCGAUUUGUAGCGAAUGCUUUGUACAGAUAAAGCGAGCCGAUCCUCACCUUCCCGAGCACCAUCCCGAUGGUCAAGCACGCGAUCCAAACGAGGGGCUGUCGGCGGAAGACCCCCCUGAAAUGCUGAUAUCAGAGCCUUCGGCAUGCCCCUAUUGCCAACAACCCGAGUUUGGCGUCACAUAUGAACCGCCCCCCUUUCGACGCGGGUUGACCUUUUCUUCAUCCAACAUAGCUUCAAACACUGCCAUGUCUUCUCAGAGCUCACUCAACUCUACACUGGCCCCCGCUCCCGUUGCAACAGGACGUAGAAGGGCGCAUAGCUUAUCGGCCAACGCGCCCAAUGUCAUUACUACCGACCGCAUUCGACCGGACUGGGCUACGAAACUGGCCACUGCUCGUGCUCACCAAGCACGCCGUGCCGCUGCAGCCACCGCUCUCCAUACCGCAGCCUUUUUGAUAGGAGGCAAUGAGUCUAGGUCAAGGAUACGUACAGGCAGGUUUAGCCGGAGAAACACGAGCACGAACAGCGGCGGCACCACCACUCCUGGAGGCCACAGCGGGGGUGCAACCGAUACCGCAGAAGGCCAAGAGCCCACCGAAAGAAGUUCGAGCCGGAAUCCGGACGGCACCCGUCGUACUCGAAUGGAGGAGCUUGAGGAAAUGAUGUUCAUGGAAGCGAUUCGACUGUCGCUCGCGGCUGAGGAGGAACGGAAACGCAAGGUGGAGAAGGCUCUUCAGAAGGAAGCCAAGAAGCGAGAAAAGGAACGCGAAAAGGCGGAGCGUAAAGCUCUUAAAAAACAAGCCAAAGAUCCUUAUGCGGGCGGCAUCAGCGGAGCCAGUGGAAGUAGUCUUUCCUUGCAUCUUGGUCGCAAGCGAGGAAAUAGCGCGGCCAGCAAUUUGCGACUAGAGCUCACUCUGCAAUCGGCUUCGCCAUCGGCCUCACAGUCGACCAAAGCAGCGGAUCCUCCAAAUCAAGAUGUGAAAGCGGAGAGCCCCGGCGAUAAGGGCAAAGGAGUCGAACGUGAACCCCAACCAGGUGCAACAGAAGCGACUUCCUCAACUUCCCUGCCUAUUCCUACCCCGAGCAGCCGAGGAGGUUCCCAUUUGCGACAUAUGAGCAACGCAUCGUCACUGGGCUCGUCGUUGGGGGAUAGCCCAUCGGGUAGCCUCACUGGGCAGGGGCUUGGCGACUCGGAUGCAGCCAAGAGACGGAGCAUGGGCAAUCGCAGUGACAGCGGCGAUGGUGAGACAGAGAACGAGCCCAUGUUUAAUUUCAGCAGUCUGGCUGAGAUUGUUGGUGUCAACCUUGAGGAUGGAUCCGCAACGCAGCAAGUGGAGCUGGGUGACGGCUCGGCUCGUCCUCUCUCUCAAGUCCCAGAGGAGGAAAAGGAGGAAGAGGGUAACGCUGAGCAUAUAGAGCGAAGCCUCAAAAUCGAAACAUCGGGCGUAAGCAAUGAGACGGUUUUCAGUGCUAGUGAGGGAGAGCAUAGCUCACUGGGCGCGCCGCCUUUUCUUGACACGCCAGAGUUGACCAUUACUCCAGAGACUCCAACUGUUGAAGAUGGUGGACCAGAGGAUAAGCGAUUGGGAGCGUCCCUUGUGUCCGAGCAUCAUGAAACUACUCAGGCUAUGCAUUGA